GAAGAUUUCAAGAAGAGGUAAUGCAUCCAUAAUCCUUCGCUCUUAAGGAAGAGAGUUAAAACUCUUUAUCUUCUUUGCUGCGUAUCUAGUUUUCUUUCAGCGUUAUCCUCUUACUCUUCUUCUUCUUGAUCUUUUUGACAUGCAGGCAAGAAUGAGUGCGAAAAUGAACGCUUUUCUUCAUUACUGGAUCAUAUUCCCUCUGGUUCUAGUGGCACUGGGCGUCAGUGCGAUCUCGGUGAUGGUACUCAUGACCCAGCAAAUUAAGCCCGCCAUGCGGGAUGAUCCUUAUGAUCCUGUCAAGUUGUUGCUGGCGCACGUUCAUGACCGUGCGGAUCUCCUGAUGCAGGCGAAUGCCACUGUAUUUCAUGUCACCAGGGUGCUAAGCUCCAUUGGAGACUUGUCCGCAUUCUCCAACAUCGCAGACAAGGUGGCGCCAAAUUUGUUCCUGGCAUUUGCAACAAUGCCAUGGAUAUCACAGAUAUCUUAUGUUGGUAUACAUGGUGGAAUGCUUCUCUCCUAUUACAAUGAUGAGAACCAGGCGCGCACGAUGUUUUCGAAUAUUUCAGAUUCUUCCAAUUAUUCUGCUGCACAUAAAUGGUACAGCCAAUCAGUAGAUCGAGAUACUGGGAUGGUGUAUGGAGAUGUGAUUCCUUGCUCUCCACAACAAAUUGGUUCCCAAUGGUUUCAAGAUGCAUUAAAUGGUAAGAGCAGGUAUGCUUCAUGGGGAGUUGGCUGGAACAAAGCUAGGGAUCAGAUGCUCUUUUUCACUGCUCCAGUGGCCAGAUCAGGAGUUAUUUCCAUCGGAAUUGCCAUGAAAGAUCUCGUUGAUAAUAUUUUUCGUGUCAACCUUUGGGGCGGGCACUUGUAUGUAGCUACAGAAGAUGGGCAUGUCAUAGCAGAGACUGGACCACCGCAUACUCGCUAUGUGCUUGGUAAUAAUACAGUUUCAAUCCAUGUAAUGGAUAAGAGUGAUACCUUACCACUUGAAAAAAAUGAUAAUUUUUCAUGCCAGCUUGAUAACCCUGAAGGUACAGGCAGUGAUCCAUCUCAUACUAACUAUUUGAGCAUUUGGGGCAAGAGAUACAAUUUUGGUUGUGCUCAUCUUGAUGUUUCUGGAAUCAGAAUGGUAAUGCAUUGGAUAUUGGUCCUGGAAUUAAAGCUUUUUGAUGCUUUCUUCUUAUGAAAUGAUGUCAUUUUCAGUUCAGUCCUUUCCAUUAAUAGUUAUGCCUUGCCUUGCUCUAAAUUGAUCGAAUUUUGGUUAUUUACUAGGUAUAUGUAAUUGCUUUUCCCUGUAAGGAAGUAAUUCCCCUCGUUCAUAAGAUGAAGAUAGUUGUUGUC